AUGAAUGCAAUCGGCAUUCAAUACAAAACUUUUAAUUCUUUUCAAGAUGCUCAAUUAUAUGCAAAUACAGAAAUUGAUCUAAAUCUUGAUUUGAAGUUUGACCAAAAUGCAAACCAUUCACAAAUUUAUAAUAAUAACACUACUUUUCCCACCACUAAUAAUAACCUUCUUGAAAAUCAAAACAUCUUUCAACUAAGUCAGAAUAACAUCAACAAUAAUAAUCAAAAUAUAAAGACAUUCAGAAUAUUCACUUGUGGUUCUGCUAGAAAGGUUUCAAAAUCACCUAACCAAAAUAUUAAAAUAUGCUGCUAUUCUAUUUACAUAACUCCAUUAAAUAUCAAAAUCACUGGAAAAUUGGGCACCUCCUCCAAUGAUAACAACGACAACAAUAUCGCUGAAAAAAUCGACCCAAGCGAGUAUUUAUCAACAAAGAGAGCCGAUAUAUACUCGAUAUACCAAGCACUCAUCGAAAUAGAUCGAGAUAUUACAAAGAGCAUCAAAAAUAACCUGGGAAUUAAGAACUUUAUGAUAAUCACCAAUGAUCAAAUCUCCUGUAAACUAAUCUCAAAUUCCUACCAAAAAUGGACACAAUUAAUGAACAAAGUUCAAUACUGGGGAGUGAUAGACCAGAAAUUGGUCAUAUCCAAAUUCAGCGAAUCAAUUAAUAAAAACAGUAGGAAAUAUCUUUAUCUACUCAUCAAUUCUGUGAAAUUAAUACAGAAAAUCAACCAAACCUACUACAAAAGUGGCAUUCCCUCCCUCCAAAUCAGAGGCUUCAACAAGACAAACGAAUCAGAGUCUCAGGCCAACAAAAUCGCCUGUGAGUCUGUGAGAGAAGCCUGUAAGCAUUAUUCCUCCCAGCUUCAGCAGAAUCAGCUCGUAUAA